AUGCACCACGACGCCAAACACUCCCUCGAAAAUGCCCCAAUCUACCCUGAAGGCGGCCUGCGUGCAAACCUCGUCGUCCUCGGCAGCUUCAGCUCAAUAAUGGGCGGCCUGGGUCUAAUGAACAGCAUAGGAAUCUACCAAGCCUGGAUAUCCACCCACCAACUCUCGCACAUCUCCUCCGGCCAGAUCGGUUGGAUAUUCGGACUCUACAACUUCCUUGUCUUUUUCUGUGGGAUCCAAAUCGGACCCAUCUUCGAUGCAAAGGGUCCAAAGGCUCUGAUGUGGCUAGGCUCGUUUCUUGUCGUUCUCACAUUCGUCCUGAUGGGGUUCUGCACGCUUUAUUGGCAUUUCCUUGUUGUUAUAGGUAUUCUCGGGGGAAUGGGAACGAGUUUCAUUUUCAUCGUGCCUGUUGCUAGUAUUGGACAUUUUUUCUGUCGUCGACGAGGUGCUGCUACGGGUCUUGCUCUAAGUGGGGGGAGUAUUGGGGGUGUGAUAUUCCCUCUGGUGUUGGAGAAUCUCGCGCCAAGGAUCGGAUUUGCCUGGUCAACGAGAGUUAUUGGAUUGAUCACAUUGAUUCUUUUGAUCCCGGGGUGUUUGCUUGUUCGUACAACUUUCACACCGAAGGAUUCGAGUCCGCCGUCGGCGAAGGUCUUCUUGCCUGAUUUGACGAUAUUGAGGGAUCCGAUGCUGGCAUUGACGACGCUUGGGGUUUUCUUUAUUGAGUGGGGAUUCUUUAUUCCUCUUGAGUAUAUCGCGUCCUAUUCGCUUGCUACUGGGGUUCCGAGACAAUUGUCUUAUUUGAUGGUUGUUUUCCUGAAUGCCGGCUCGUUUCCGGGAAGGUGGUUGCCGGGCAUUUUGGCGGAUAAAAUUGGGCGCUUCAAUACUUUGAUUCUGACGAAUAUUCUGUGUUUGGUUUCUGUCCUUGCUAUCUGGAUGCCUGCCGAAGGUAAUAUUAUUGCGGUUAUUGUCUUCUCUGUCGUCUUCGGUUUCGCAAGUGGGAGCAACAUUAGCCUUGUUCCCGUGUGUGUUGGUGAGCUAUGUCCGGUGCAGAAUUUUGGUCGGUACUAUACAACGGUGUAUACCAUUGUUAGCUUCGGGGCUUUGACGGGAGUUCCCAUCGCUGGUGAGAUUCUCACACGCUGUGGUGGCGAGUAUUGGGGUCUCAUUUCCUUUGCUGGAUGUGCAUAUGCGGCGGGUUUGGGAUGUUUCGCUAUUGUCAUGUGGUUGCAGAAGCGCAACGCAAGCAAGGAAAUGAGUCGAUGUUUUGCAGGCAGGGAGUUAUAUACGGGUUGA